AUGGAGUCUAUGGACACAAGGAGUCUGUUACGGUGUCGAUGCUAUUUCUUAGGUAAGCUUUCUUUUCUAAUUUUAGUACUUUUGCAACUUAGCUCAUUGGAUGACUACGGGCCACACACGAGGAGGGAUGAAUCGAGAAUAACUUGGGUGUACAAGGGCCUGCUCAUCCAGCAGAAGGUAGAGGCUGUUGUGGCUGCAAUCCAUUGCUGUGAGUUUUCGAUUUUGGAAAAUGGAUUCUUGGACAUUUUUAAAUCCGAGUUUAAGCAUCUAUGUACUUAUGCACUUUACUACUUGAAAAAAAAAAAAUUGAAGCAAAAUGAUUCUGGCGCCUUGGUCUACUUCCAGUUGGUUUUUGGACUUCUGACCUUUGCUGUAAUAAGCUUAUUCAAAGACAACGUGCUUAAAUUCCAUCAGUAUACAUCACCCUUUCACAAUAUUCGAUUUGUGCUGGUUGUAACAUGGAAAUUGGCAAUGGAACAUUUUAAGUUUUCUGAGUGUUGUCUGGCAUCCAGAAUGCAACUUAUAUCGGACUAUGAGUCUAUGAGGCACGGUGAUUCUAUCCAUGAAACAUUGCUAAAUAACUUAUAG